AUGACUGCGAUCGUCACCUGCAAACUAUUAAUUCUCGUUUCCCUCUUCGGAACUGUCGCUGCAAGUGAGCCCUUUCCGUCCAUUUCGAUAUUGCUCAUUCGAAUUUAGCAUGGUCCAUGUCCGGAUAUGCGUGCAAUCAACCUCAAUUGUACUCGCAGUGCAACUGUCCGAGCUUCUGCGGAGGGUACAUGCAGCCACAAUACCAGCAGCCGUGCGGGUAUUCCUCCGGAUGCGGGGGCGGCGGAUAUGCUCCCCGAAGACGGCAUCGUCUCCGGAACAAACACAAGAAGCCACGCAGAAAGUUCCGAUUCGAUUCCGACGAAGAUGAAGAUGUCGACGUGCCGCCACCGAGAAAGUCGAAAGUGACGAGAGUGCAGAGUGAAGAGCAAGGAUUCAUUGAGGAGGAGUCAAAGGGGGCCGCCGGAAAAUCAGAGAGUUCCUGGGAAAACGAGGUAGGAAAGAAGCGUGUUCUUGAUGUAUAAAUGCCUUUUUUACAGGAUCUGUGGGAGAAGAAGUUUGUGACUGAAUCACCGAGAACCAACGUGGAAGAGAAACUGGAUUCGGAAGAGUUUCCGGAGAUCACAAGCGAGGAGAUAGAAGAGGCGAGAAGGGCGAGAACGAGCACGGUCGCCCCUGCACAGACAGGCUCUUCGGGACUCGGAGGGCUCGGGCUCGGCAACGGAGGCCUAUUCGGAAUAAGCAGUGGAGUGGGCGUCGGAGUGCCGGGAGUGGGUCCGAUCGGAGUGGGGUCCGGGCUCGGAAUUGGGAAGUAG